GGAGAUGAAGACCACAUUUGAUAUUUGAAUUCAUUUAAAAUCUAGACUUUAUGUGGCAAGUAGUGUUCUUUUACUAAAGUUUUUUAAGCAUAAAAUUUCAACCAUGUCUUGGCUCAUCUAUACGAUUGGAUUGUAUGCAUUUCUUUGGUGGUUUAUUGAUAAUUUCAAAUCAUUGUUUCAAAUUGCAUGGAAUUUACUUGUGUCAUUUUUACAACCAAAAAAUAAUGUACCACUGAACGAAAAAUAUGGCAACUGGGCCGUGGUGACGGGCUCAACGGAUGGAAUUGGUAAAGAGUAUGCCAAACAACUGGCUCAUCGUGGUGUUAAUGUUGUUUUAAUCGCCAGAAAUGAAUCGAAAUUAGCUACCGUCGCAAGAGAGAUUGAAUCAUUGUAUCCGGUGCAAACGAAGAUUUUGGUAACUGAUUUUACAAAUGGUCGAGAAAUAUAUAACAACAUAAAAUAUACGCUUAGCACUGUUCCAGUGGGCAUUUUGGUCAAUAAUGUCGGACAAAUGUACGAGUUCCCGGAAGAGUUGGGGAAGGUGUCAGACGAUUUAAUCUAUAAUAUGAUCUUAACGAAUGUAACGGCGGUUACAAUGAUGACGCGACUGGUGGUUAAUGACAUGAAACAACGGCAAAAGGGUAUAAUUGUAAAUGUUUCGUCUGCCAUGGCAUUACAACCAACACCACUGUUAUCGGUUUAUGCAGCGAGCAAAGUUUAUGUGAAAAGUUUUACAUUGGCUCUUCGUCAUGAAUGCAAACCAUAUGGCAUUGAUGUACAAUUACUUUCGCCGUAUUUUGUUCGAACAAAAUUGAAUAAUUUUUCGACGAGUUUGAUGGCCGGUGGUCUAUUCAUACCAGAUGCAGAAACUUAUGUUCGGUCAGCCAUUUCAACAUUGGGCAAAUCUGAUGAGACAACGGGAUAUUGGCCACAUGCUAUUCAGUUUGCAUUUCUAAAAAUGCUACCAGUGACAUUCCGUACAAUGAUGAUUGAAUCGCUUGCCAAUCGUUUUCGAGCUGAAUACUUUUUGCAACAACAACAAAAUCGAUUUUAAACAUUCAAACACUAUGAGCUGGAGUUGAAUUGUUCAUGCAAUUUUUUCAUAGUUAAAUAUUUAAUCGUAUUUAAUAAAACAUCAAAAACUCACAAAAACAAACUUUAUACAAAACUUAUGAAUUCCACCGUUUUUGAUCAUCAUGUUCCUCGCAUUAGUGUUUGAAAACAAUGAAUCUUUUGUUAUUUCUUCGAAUCAAUAGAACAGCGAUAUUUACAAUGUAAGAAAAACCGCUUUCACCAAAAGAAACAAAAGGUUCUUUCGCAUUAAAGAAAUUAAGAACAGCUAAAGGAAAUGUUUACCAAACGUGACCAAACGAAACUGUA